AUGUUCAAAAAACUCAUGGAGUGUACUCCAGACUCCACAAGGCAGUGGUAUACCAAUAACGUCAUCCCUUGCAUGGGGGGCGAGAGCACAGCGGGGUUCAAUAUCGAAACGUUCUACAUUGAAAAUUUUGGGACGCGACGCGAGUAUCAGGGACUUGGCCUGGGCACGGCGUUGCUCAGCCGACUGGAAGACCAUGCUAGGGAGAGUGGCGGGAGGCUCGGCUUGGCCACGGUGGAUGAGCGUGCGGCUCGGCUCUAUGAGAAGGCAGGCUUUAAAGACAUUCAUAACGCAGAGUUGAGCUAUGAGGAUGGCGGAGAAACUGUGAAGCUCAGGACGAUGUGUAAUGACUGUGGGCUGGAGAGCUGGAGACCCGCUUCUUCCGAAGCAAACAACAAUGAGGAUGGAGCUCAUCAAUGUUUUAGAAUUGAAGAGCAGUCUGAAUGCUCCAAAGUUCUCUUCGAUGCCUUCUUGAACGACAGGUUCACCAAUAAGCUUUAUGGACAUAGUUUCAGGAUCGCACUCGUGGACUGCGAAGUCUGGGUCACAAGGGUCAAAGGUGAUAGUGUAGAAGGUGGGACUACCAUUGCGAGCGUCGCAUGUGUCCCGCCCCCCGGCAAGGAGGUGUACAGCCAACAGUAA